AUGGAGAACACCAGGGUGUUUGUGAGUGGCCUUCCACCAUCAUGCUCCAAUGAUCAACUUCGGAAACAUUUUGCAGGCCGUUUCCAAGUCACAGAUGCUCAUGUCCUGCCAAAACGUAGGAUGGGCUUUGUCGGCUUCAAAAACCAGGAUGCCGCCCAGCAAGCUGUGAAACACUUCAACCGGACAUAUAUGAAGAUGUCCAAGAUCAUGGUUGACAUGGCUCGUUCGAUUGAUUCAAACCCCCCUGAACGGGCUCACCCCACACGGAAACGUGAUGCUGGCAAGGAGGACACAUCGUCAGACAAUACGCUGAAGCGCAAAAGGGAUGCAGAAGCCAAACCACAGGAUCCUAAACUGCAAGAGUACCUCUCUUUGAUGCAGCAUUCCUCUAAGACCCGCACAUGGGCAAAUGAUGAUGACAUAGCCAAGCCGACCGACGACGUUGCACCAGCCAUUAACCAAUCUUCCCAGGAGAUCAAUAUAUCCGAGGAGUUGCCUUCCCAGUCGAAAAAGGCCAAGACGGAUGGUGUCAUGACUGAAAGAAAUAUGCAGCCGCAGCCGAUGGUUGUUGACAGAAACAGCGAUGAAGGACAAGGGGAAGCACCGACUCAGAAUGACUCGGCGGCAUCUGAAGCCGAGGCCAAACCAGUCUCAGAUGACGACUGGCUUCGAUCGAAGACAAGUCGUCUUCUCGGUCUUCUGGAUGAAGAAGAGCAGGCCGAGUUUGAGAAGCAGCCAGUUGAUCAGCCGGCUGUGCCACCAACAGACAGUACUGACGAAUCGCGUAAUGCAGCGAUCGAGAAUAUUCCUUCUCAAGCUACACAGGAUGACGAUACAGCCCAAGUGGCACCCACAGUGGAUACAAAUGUCGAGCUCAUCCGUAGCUCUGCCCGUUUAUUCGUCAGGAAUCUGGCCUACGACACCACAGAAGCGGAUCUCCAACCGCUGUUUGCUCCUUUUGGAAAGAUUGAAGAAAUUCACAUUGCAUUUGACACUCGCGCCACGACCAGCAAAGGCUUCGCCUAUGUCCAGUAUGCCGAUGCUGAUGCCGCCGUGGAUGCUUAUCAAGCUCUUGAUGGGAAGCACUUUCAGGGACGACUUCUUCAUAUUCUACCGGCUUCUGCAAAGAAGACAUACAAGAUUGAUGAGUACGAGCUCUCAAAGCUUCCUUUGAAGAAGCAAAAGCAAAUCAAGCGUCGGAUGGAUGCCUCAUCAUCCACCUUCAGCUGGAACUCGCUCUACAUGAACACCGAUGCCGUAAUGUCCUCAGUAGCUGAAAGACUCGGAGUCUCCAAAUCGGACCUGUUGGAUCCCACUUCGUCGGACGCAGCAGUCAAGCAAGCACAUGCUGAGACGCAUGUCAUUCAAGAAACCAAAGCUUACUUCGCGGCAAAUGGGGUAAAUAUCGACGCUUUCAAGGAGCGUGAACGUGGAAACACGGCGAUCCUAGUCAAGAACUUUUCGUUCGGCGUUAAGAUCGGUGACCUCAGGAAACUGUUUGAGCCGUAUGGCCAGAUGAUUCGACUUUUGAUGCCGCCCAGUGGCACAAUAGCAAUCGUCGAGUUUGCGAGACCCGACGAAGCCCAGAAGGCGUUCAAGGGCCUUGCCUACCGCAAGCUGGGUGAUUCCAUCUUGUUCCUGGAGAAGGCACCCAAGAACCUCUUCGACUCUACGUCGGCACCGUCGACACUUACCUCGGAAACACGGGGCAAGUCUCAAGGAUUCUCUGUCGCCGACACCUUUGCUGCAGACGAGCCCACCGACGGUCUCGCAACGUCAACACUAUUCGUAAAGAACUUGGACUUCUCCACAACCAACGAGAGAUUCCUCGAGGUCUUCAGACCGCUAGAUGGCUUUGUCACCGGGCGCAUCAAGACCAAGCCGGAUCCCAAGAAUCCGGGUCAGACUUUGAGCAUGGGAUUUGGAUUCGCCGAAUUCAAGACCAAGGCCCAGGCUCAAGCUGCCCUGGCUGCCAUGAAUGGAUACAAGCUGGACCAGCACGAGCUCGUCAUCCGUGCGUCUCACAAGGGCAUGGAUGCCGCCGAAGAGCGGCGCCGCGAAGACACCGCCAAGAAGAUCGCCGCAAGACGGACCAAGAUCAUCAUCAAGAACUUGCCGUUCCAGACCAGCAAGAAAGACAUCAAGUCCCUGUUCGAAACCUAUGGAAAGCUUCGGUCUGUGCGAGUGCCCAAGAAAAUGGACCGAUCAACUCGUGGAUUUGGAUUUGCCGACUUUGAAAGUGCUCGUGAGGCGGAAAAUGCCAUGGACGCGUUGAAAAACACGCAUCUUCUAGGCAGGAGACUGGUACUGGAAUUCGCGAACGAGGAGGCUGUCGAUCCCGAGGAGGAGAUCGCAAAGAUAGAGAAGAAAGUAGGGGAACAGGUGGACAGGGUCAAGGCCCAGCAGCUUAUGGGCACGGGGCGAAAGAAGUUCAUUGUAGGGGCCCAGGAGGACGAGGAGGCAUGA